AGGCUGCCGGUCACCCUGCUGUCCGGGUUCCUCGGGGCGGGCAAGACGACAUUGCUGCAGCACAUCCUCACGAACCAGCAGGGCAUGCGAGUCGCCCUGCUAGUCAACGAUCUCUCCGACGUCAACGUGGACGCGGCGCUAGUGGGAGCUCCGAGCUUCAGCGUGACGAGGCAGGAGGAGGACCUGGUCGAGCUCUCCAACGGCUGCAUCUGCUGCGUCCUCCGCAACGACCUGCUGCGCGAGAUCCGACGGAUUGCGAGCUCGGGGCACUUUGACUACCUGCUGGUGGAGAGCACGGGGGCUGGUGACCCUGCGCACGUCGCCGACACGUUCAGCUUCGAGGACGACUCGGGCUUCAAGCUUGACACCGUCGCUCAGCUGGACACAAUCGUGACCGUCUGCGAUGGCAGCUCGCUGCUACGGGAGCUGAGAAACCCCGCGGACGUGAAGGGCCAGGCGGAGGCGCUGGGGAGGAUGACCGUCGCGCAGCUCAUGGCGCAGCAGAUUGAGUUUGCGGACGUGAUUGUGCUGAACAAGAUCGACCUGUUGGACGCUCCCUCGCUGGCGCUCGCGCAUGCUCUCCUCAAGGAGCUCAAUCCGGCUGCAGAGGUCUGUCCCAGCAAGAGGAGCGUGGUGGACUUGAACAAGAUCCUCAACACCGGCAAGUACGAGAGGCGAUCGAGCACAGCGUCCCUCCUCAGCAGGCAUCAGGACCUUCCUCCUGCCUCAGGCAGGAUGGGAAUAACGAGCUUCGUCUUCCGCCACAGGCGCCCCUUCCAUCCGCAGCGGCUCUUCCUCCUUGCUCAGUCGUUCGAGUCUCGCGUCGGCAAGAGCGUGCUCCGCAGCAAGGGCUUUGUGUGGAUUGCAACGAGGCCGGAUCUCAUGGGCCAGUGGAGUCAGGUUCCUCCCCAGCAGCAUUGUGGGAUCAUGACUUCCAGGUGGGCCAUGGUGGAUAAGAAGGAAUGGCCCCAGGGGAUGGAGCAGGAGGUUUUCAGCACGGGGCUGUGGGAUGACAAGUACGGGGAUCGACAGCAAGAGAUAGUCAUCAUAGGCAUCGACAUGGACGAUGAGCUUGUAAGGUCGCAGUUCGCAGAGUGCAUACUUACA